GUCAAAUAACUCACUGUUUUUCUUGUUCACUUCACUUCCAACUCCUACUUGCUCUUCUUCCUCUCACUUCCUCUCUUCUUCUUCUUCUUCUUCUUCUUCAAACCCAUCUCUCUCUCUCUCUCUCUCUCUCUCUCUCUCUCUCUUAAGUACACCCCAGUUCCCUAUAACUACACCUACCCAACAAAACCCAACUCUUCUUAUUCUCAAACACUUGAUUUUCAUUACGAGAGAAAAAAAAAAUGCUUCCUUUCCUGAGCUGGUCUGAUCAAAAUCACUACGCACACGACCCGUCGCUGGUCAACCUGAUGGACGGCGCAGAUUCCAUCCUGAGCCCAGCAGCCUCCAUGACCGAGACCUCCAGGUCAGCAGAAGCAUCCAAGAGCCACAAGGAAGCCGAGAGGAGACGCAGGCAGCGUAUCAACACCCACCUCUCCACCCUCCGCACUCUCCUCCCCAACACCACCCGGACGGACAAGGCGUCGUUGCUAGCGGAGGUGGUGCAGCACGUGCGGGAGCUGAGGAGGCAGGCUGGUGACCUUGCGCGACAGGACGGGGGCUCGUGCUGCGGCGGCACCACCGGUUCGGAGCCCUGGCCGUUUCCGGGCGAGUUGGACGAGGCCACGGUGAGCUAUUGCGACGGCGAGGCGAGGCUUCUGAAGGCGACGCUGUGUUGCCAGGAUAGGCCGGGUCUGAACCGGGACUUGAUCCAGGCGAUCCGGUCCGUUCAGGCCAGGGCGAUCCGGGCCGAGAUGAUGACUGUUGGGGGGCGGACCAAGAAUGUGGUUGUGAUGCAAUGGGCCGGCGGUGGCGGGGAGGAGGAGGUGUGGGCUUUGAAGCGGGCUUUGAAGGCUGUGGUGGAGAAUCGGGCCUCGGGUUCUGGGCCGGGUCGGUUGGUUUUGGGGAAUAAACGAGCUCGGGUUUAUGGGUCGGUUUAUGAGGAUGAGAAUGAAUAUUAAGGAAGUGUGAGGGCAAAAAGGGAAACUCAUAUUUUGGGUUGGUGUACAGAAACCUGGAUCCUGGAUUACAUGGAAUAAAAUCAGUAGGAUUUUUUUGUUUUUUGUUUUUUGUUUUUGGGUUUAUAUAUAUAUACUGAGAUCAGAUUUUUUAUUCUUC